AAAGCAGGAGCAACAGGGUACUUGACUGAACAUAGAAGAAGAACCAUUUCCUGUACAGGAAAGGAAGCAGACAGCAGGGAGGAGAACUGGGGGGCCAGAUUGUGGUGUGGAGGUAGCAAGUGCCAGGUGUAUAGUUGGACACACAAGGAGAGUUUCGGAGAGGACAGCUUGGCUACAAGGGAACAAUGACUCAUUUACAAGCUGGCCUCUCUCCUGAGACCUUGGAGAAAGCUCGCCUGGAACUCAAUGAGAACCCAGACACUCUACACCAGGACAUCCAAGAAGUAAGGGACAUGGUCAUCACUAGGCCGGACAUUGGCUUUCUGCGCACCGAUGACGCUUUCAUCUUACGCUUCUUGCGGGCCAGGAAGUUUCAUCACUUCGAGGCUUUCCGCCUCUUGGCCCAGUACUUUGAAUAUCGGCAGCAGAACCUGGAUAUGUUCAAAAGCUUCAAGGCCACUGACCCUGGCAUCAAGCAGGCGCUGAAGGAUGGCUUUCCUGGGGGCCUGGCCAACCUGGACCACUAUGGGAGGAAGAUUCUAGUCCUUUUUGCUGCAAACUGGGAUCAGAGCAGGUACACACUGGUGGAUAUUUUGCGUGCCAUCUUACUUUCGUUAGAAGCCAUGAUUGAAGAUCCUGAGCUUCAAGUAAAUGGAUUUGUUUUGAUCAUAGACUGGAGUAACUUUACCUUCAAGCAAGCUUCUAAGCUUACACCAAGCAUGCUGAGACUUGCCAUUGAGGGCCUUCAGGAUAGCUUCCCUGCAAGAUUUGGAGGAAUCCAUUUUGUCAAUCAGCCUUGGUACAUCCAUGCCCUGUAUACUGUGAUCAGACCAUUCCUGAAGGAGAAGACUCGGAAAAGGAUAUUUUUGCAUGGUAACAACCUGAACAGUCUCCACCAGCUGAUCCAUCCUGAGAUCCUGCCUUCUGAGUUUGGGGGAAUGUUGCCACCGUAUGACAUGGGGACAUGGGCCAGGACCCUGCUAGACCAUGAGUACGACGAUGACAGCGAGUACGCCGUGGACCCCUACAGCAUGCCUGUGCAGGAAGUGGAAAAGGAGCUCUCUCCCAAGUCCAUGAAGAGAUCUCAAUCAGUAGUGGACCCUACAGCACUGAAACGCAUGGAUAAGAGCGAGGAAGAAAACAUGCAGCCUUUACUUUCUCUGGACUGAGAACUUUUGCGCCCCUACCCCAUGGAUUAGAAGUGGGAGGUACUGGCUUUCAGCAACAGGGACAGCACUGGGCAUUUAUUUGCUGGAAAACCUUAUUCAUGUUAAUGUAGCAUAAUGCAUAAGGCAUCUGGCUUUCACAUUUGCCUAAACCAUGGGUGCCCUGGGCUAGAUUUGAAAAAAAAAAAAAAGUCAAUAAUUUAUUCUGUAAGUGCCAAGUUCUUUGUAAAUACAAUGUAGUCUUCACAUCAAGUUUGUAAAUUUUGGUAGUAAUUUAAUUUGGGAAAGACUGACUCACAAGUUUGAGCCAGUGAUAUGGACUAUAAUAAGAAACAUAAAGACGCAUACACUAUAAAAUUUAAUUAAAUGUAUCCCUGUUUCCUAUGAAGCCAUAUUUCUGCUAUCAUAGUGAAUUGUUUCAUUGUUAUUCUCUGAAGCACUGUCAAUAUUCAAACACACUUUGGGCACAGCAAGCUCACUUAUUUCCAGGAAAUUGUUGUGAUUGAUGUUUCCUUGUUUAGUGUUUUCCAUUUCAGAGCAACUAUUCAAGGAGCGUCACUGGCUGCAUCAGAAGACAGAGAGUGGAAGAUGAG